CGUUUUGCUCAAAAAUGAGCACAAUAGACUUGUUUGACAAUUUGUAGCUUGUAUGCCCGUCUUAUUAUAACAGUGGACCAUCGUCCACCACCCUCUAUAUCUACCCAGUCGAUACGGAGAGCCGUUUUCUAGGCAGCCUCGUAACCAAAAGAGCUUUGGACCCAUCAUCGGCAACUCUACGAGCAAUAUCUCAAGAUUAUUGAAAAGGGCUGCCACGUUGUCUACCAGGUUGUUAUCGGAUGAAGUCUGCAGUGUACCUAUUAUGGACUGUCAGUGGGUGUCCUAUCCUGUCACCAGUGCGUCUUCUGAUGAAUGCUUUGCAGGAUUAUCGCAACGGGAUCUACGGCCUGGUCAAUAUGUGUUGGAGCCGAAGAAAGCAAAAGCCUUACCGCCAGGCGCGAACCACUAGUAGUGAAUCGUCAGGUCCUACGAUCUCAACUGACGAUGAUCUGCAUCUACCCGCCUUACAUUACAGAUCUAAGAUCUCUCGUCUUCUGUCCCGAAUCCCUAAAAGAAGAAAAGAUCGACGCCAAGGAGUGGAUGUUAUUGGAAUUGUUCAGCCAUAGCCAGGAACAUGUACAACGUUGACCACGUGGUGAGGUCGGCGAUCUCGCAACCUUUCGAGUGUGGA